UCUUCUCUCUCUGUGUGGUGCUGCUACUAUAUAAAGUGUUUUUACAAUAUUAAUCAUUUUAUUUAAGUUUUAACUUUUUAAUAUUCCUCACACAAUUUAUUUUUAACUAAUACUUGACAAGUUUUUGCAUAUAAAUGCAAAAACACUAAACUAGAACUACAAUUAUUUUGUUUUUACAAUGUCUCUACGUUUAUUUGUUGUUCUUGUGUUUACAUUUCUAAUCUUUAAAAUCAGUGUCAAUGCAGGAGAUUAUAAUGAUGAUAAUGGAAAGAAAACUAAAUUGUGCAAUGAAUUGCCCCGACAAGACAUUGAACAAUACUUGUCUACAAAAACUCCAUACCGAGUGGUGGCCAAUAUGGAUGAUAAACCUAUAAAUUAUAAAGGUUGCCAUCCCUUACGUAUUUGGUCCGUUAUACGACAUGGCACUCGCAAUCCCGGUAAAAAGGUAAUAGCUCGCAUCAAAACUCAAUUAAAGUCCUUGAGAGACCACAUUUUGGCAACCAAAGAUGUUGAAUUGUGCUCGAAGCAAUUGGAAAGUUUAAGUAAAUGGAAUUUUACCGUCAGCGCAGAAGAAGAAAAAUAUUUAGUAGCUGAGGGAGAAGAUGAACUAAUAGAGUUGGCGGAACGUAUGCAAAAUAGAUUUCCAAUGCUAAUGCCUGAAGUUUACAAUCCAAAGCGUUACUACUUUAAGUACACUGCUACUCAAAGGACUUUGAAGAGUGCACAGAGUUUUGCUACCGGUUUAUUCGGUAGAAAUAAUAUUGGUAAUAUAGAUUAUCCAGAGGCUUUACAUAGAGAUCCGGUACUAAGGUUUUAUAAGUUAUGUAGUCGCUGGAAAACUGAUGUCGAUAAAAAUCCCCAAACAUUUGACAAUGUGCGUAAAUUUUUGCAAACAGAUCAUAUGCUCGAUGUUCUCAAACAACUGCGCAAGAAAACGAAAUUGUCUGACAUUGAUGCCCCUACAGCACGGCUUAUCUAUACGGUUUGUGCUUUUGAAACAGCUUGGCAACGACGCAAAGAACCAUCGGUAUGGUGUCAGUUGCUUGAUCGUAAAUCUUUACAAAUUUUAGAAUUUAUCGAAGAUUUAGAAUACUAUUGGAAUGACGGCUAUGGCUAUGAAUUGACACAUCAAAUUGCCUGUCCAGCCAUAGCCAAUAUGUUUGAGCAUAUUGAUCCUUUAUCUUCUUUGCCAAAUGCCACAUUUUAUUUUACACAUUCAGGCACUUUACUUAAAGUGCUGGCACAUUUGGGUUUAUAUAAGGAUGAGGCACCUUUGACCUUUCAAGAUUAUGGUAAACAACGUAAAUGGCGUACCAGUGCCAUUGAUGCUUUUGCCACAAAUGUGGCUUUUGUUUUAUAUGUUUGUGAAAAUGAAGGAGCUAAGGUCUUAACGUUGCAUCAAGAGCAAGUUGUACAUAUACCAGGCUGUCCGGUCGACCAUGAUCUAUGCAGUUUGUCUACUUUGCGCAAACUCUUUGCCCACAGUUUAGACAAUUGUAAUUUCAAUGAAAUGUGUUUUUUAAAUGAAAAGAUCUGAAAAAAAACAUGCUAACAGAUAGAUAUCAUUACAAAAACCAACGAACUAGAUUUGUUUACGCAUAAUAUAUAACAAAAUACUACGCCCACAAUGUCAAAUGUAUAUUUGGAGAUUCUCUUAGAUUUAAAAUCCUUACUUCUUCUUUUUUUUUUAAAUAUUAUUUUGUACAUAAUGUAUAACUGUUUAAGUGUGCGUGCUGUACUUUAUAUGUAGCCCACAAUUUCAAGGAAACAGCGACUAUCAUUUAAACAUUAACUACAGCAACUAAAUGCAACAAAAUAUCAGACGCUUUAAUUAAUUAUUAUUUUUUUUCCUUUUCUUUCUCACUUAAACUUUUCUUUUCCUUUUUUUCCUGUCGAUUUUUAGUAAUAUUGUGUAAAUAUAUUGUUUCGACUUCUCCUAAAACUAAAACUAAUACUUUCUACUUUGUUAUGUUGUUACAUUUUUCUUUCUUACAAAUACUAUUCCAAUUAGUUUUCUUUCUUUCUAACUUUUUAAACAAAUUCUUAAAAAAUUUUUAAUAUUUUUAUAAAUUGCUGUAAAUUGUAAAUGAAAAAAACAAAAAAAUGUUUAUAAUUUAAACAAUUUACUUUCUUAGGAAUUGGUUUAUUAUUACUGUAGUUGUUGUGUUUAUAUAACCAUAAUGUUAUACGUAAAUUUAAAUGUAUAAUUUGUUUUCUUUAUUAUUUCUCUUAUAACAAUCAACAAAAACAAAAACAACUUAACUUUAUUUAGUGACUGAAAUAAUUAAACAAGAAAAACAAAACAAUUAUACCACAAUUUACACACACACACACAUCAACAUCUACUCAUUAAACUUUAAAACAACAAGUAGUUAGGAUUAACUAAAAAUAUUACAAAUAUUUUUAAUUGCAUUAUAUUGUGUUCCAGUAAUUAAAACAAAAUCUUAAAAUAGAACUCUUAAACAACAAUUUAACAAUCUACUAAAACUAUAGUUUCAAUCACUCACCUCUUACAACAACAACCCAAAACUUCUAAUUCAAUUUCCUCCCCCUUUUUUUUUAAACAAUCCAAACUUUUUUAUUUUUUUCUUAUUAUUAACUUAAUAUUAAAGAAAUAAACAUUAUUUACAA